AUGAAGGCAGUUUCCGUUCUCUUCUGGGCCAGCCUUGCCGCUGCUGCCGUCACAGACUCCGGCCUCAACGCCGCCCGCGAUGAAGUCGCCCGCGAUCUCGAUGCAAUCACCGAGGGCGCUACUAUCUUUGAGAGAGACGAGGAGGACGUGCUUCCGUUCUCUCUUGCCGCACGGGCCGAGGAUGAGGAGGAUGGCCUGACUACCCGUGACACCGAGGAGGGUAACCACUUUGGAGACCUCGUCGCCCGACAGGCGAAUGGUACUGCUGGCGGGGCUGCCAAGAAGAACAACGGCAAAGACAACAACAACGCCAAGAAGAAGAACAACGCCAACUGCCAGUGCGCAAAGGGAAAGAAGAGAGGCAAAGACGCCAAGGGCAAGUCUUGCAGAUGCCGCAACGGAAAGAAGAACAACGCCGCCAAGAACAAUGGCAAGAAGAACAACAAUAACAACAACAAUAACGGCACCGCGACCGACAACGGCAAGAAGAACAACAACGGAAAGAAGAACGAUGGCAAGAACAACAACAAUGGCAAGGACAACGGCAAGAACAACGGAAAGGCUAACGGCAAUGCCAACGCCAACGACGGCAAGGACAACAACAAGGGCAAAGACAACGGGAAGAACAACGGCAAGGAUAACGGCAAGGGCAAGGACAACGGCAAGGACAAUGGCAAGGGCAAGGGCGCAGCUGGAGGAAACAACAAUGGCACCGCUGUCGACAAUGGCAAGAAGAACGACGGAAACAAGGACAACGGAGGCAAGAAAGCCAACGCUUCUAGUGGCUCUGCUGCUGCCGCUGCUCGCCUGUUCUAA